AUGGCGGCCUGGGCAGCGGCUCUCAGUUAUCACUUCAUGAUGCACUUGGCCUAUUUGAGAACGGAGAAGCGUCUGCGCAAGCUUAUGAAAUGGCUACAUCUCAUCGCUUGGGGACCCUUUGCGGUGUCAAUUAUUGUCGCGCUGGCUAUGGGCACGUUCGGGCCGGCAGGUUACUGGUGCUGGGUGGUGUCAGAAGCCGUCUACAUGCGCAGUUUCGUCUUCGCCUUCAUCUGGAUAUGUGUAGGCUUUAGCUUACUAUUCACGACCGUUAUGAUAAUCCGCAUCAACUUUAUCUGGCCUACGUUAGAUAGGCUUUACGCCUACGCCACAGGGGAACAGUCGAGUUUACUCAGUGUCUUGCACGCAUUGUUUGGACCGCUGUGGGGGUUUCUGAAUCUCUGUGCGCAUUUGGCUCCGAAAGUGUAUAUGCGGAAGGUUUCGUUCUGGGAAGGAUUUAGCUACAAUGAGAAUCAACAGCAAAGGGAGCGACUGGCCGAAAGCAAGAACAAUUUGUUCGCAAGCAAUACGGACAACCUUGAGGAACAAUCACAGCAACCUGAAGGAUACGUGUACAUCAAUGACGAUGAUGGGAACGGUCGGUUCGUGUCCAUUGCGCAGUUGGCAAUGGCGGCGCGGAGACGUGACACGCGUCCCGCAAUAAGCUUCACAAAGUCGAGUGUGGAUGACCUAUCCGAACACAAUAAUCACUGUGCUCCGCCGCAACUGGCCAAACUGGAUGAUGGUAGAGGUCCACUGUCUCCCCAACUCUCUUACAACGACUCACUGGGUGAGGAUGGAGAGGCGAGUGUGAACAGUAUCAGGACUAUAGUGGACAAAGCCAGACUCAAGUUUGGACUGGCCCUGAAUGCAGACGAUAGGCGGCGUGUCUCAUCAAGGAAAGGUUCGAGCUUCGCGCUGGAAAACAGCUCUGGAUCUAGUAGACGUAUCCGUGAUAUCAGCGCUUUCCUGGGCGAGCACCGACUGUCAGACAGUGGAGACGAGAAUGAUCCGGAACGCACAAAUAUUCAAUUAUCGGGCGAGACCCUUGGAUCUUUGCUCAACAUGUCUAUCUACACGGAAAGGACAGCCUCGAUAAGUGGUCCGGGCCACAGUGCCAACAGUCUAUGUCUCGACGUCGAGAGCGGACCCGAAAGCAUUCAAUACGAUACAGACAAUGCUCAAAAUGGGACAGAAAUGGUAGAUUUGGAUACCAUGUUAAAUAAUAUCGAGGUAUUGGGUAACCAAAAACGUAGGUCCGUUCUCGGGGUAACAGGACGCACACGGAGCUACACACCGUCACCUAUGGUUACGCCUGAGGGAGGCUUGUCGCCUGGGAGCAACCUCAAUAGCCCACGCAUCAGUGCGAUGGUAGAACGCAGAAGUGGACAAAUAAUGAGGAAUGGGGAAAGACCGAGAAGCGCGAGCGGGUGGCUGCGGGAUGCAUGGGUGAAAAGAAACAACUCACUGGAAGUGAGCGAUGCAGAAACGCGACCGCAUACAGAUAUAAAUAGAGUUGUGUCGGCCCCCUUUGCGCUGACGAAGAAGUUCAUGCGGAGCCUGAGCGAUGACAAGAGUGAUGAUCAAGCGGAGAGAGAGUCCCCGAAGAUAUCUCCCAGUAGUGGACAGUUGAAGAGGAAAGGCAACAGUGAAGGUGAUGUAGUGGUGGCUGAGAAGAAAUGUACAAAGACAUCUUCAAAGAGUGGACAAUUAAAGAGAAAGGGGAAGGGGGAGUCGCAGUCAGAGAGUAGUGCGACGCCGUCGCACGCACACACGCACAUUGAUACAAACAAGGAAUCACAGUCUAUACCACUCAGUAAUACAAAGUCUUUCCCAGCCCACAACACCAGCACGCUUACAUUCAGUGACACAUACACGGGUGCGCGCAACACAUUGACGAGUAGCGGGGAAAGUACACGAAUAGCGGGACGUUCGAGCCCAAAAUCGAGUAGAUCAGACCUCCUUAGGUCAAAAAUUAGUAAGAAAUUAGACAAAGGGAAGAAGCCAAAGAAUAAUAGUGAGUGUGAAGACGUGGAGAGUCAUGACAAUUACAGUCACAGUUCGGGCGCGAGUCCUGAGAUGAACACGAGAAGACAAUCUCAGACAAAGUCCAAACAGGGGUGUGGUACACCUGCGGAGGUGCGUGCACAAAGCUGUGGGACUAUUGCGCUGGAUGAGGAUAGGGACGAUGAUGCAGCACAGUAUAGAGGCAGUGCCAGAUACACACACAAUGCUGUUGUACGGGAAUAUGAGGUGCUCGGCGACAAGCACGGGGGUGUGAAACAUACACAGAGUAUGGUGAAGCGGGGGGAUAGUAAUGGGAGUGGUAGCAAGCACAAAAUUUAUGGGAGGAGGCGCACAACAAGCGAGAAGAAAUACACGCAUGUUAAGUAUGGGGGUGAUGAUGUUAAGUUUGGUGGUGAUGAUGGGAGCCGUGGUAAGCAUUCUGAAAGCGAAACGACUGACAGAAUGCGAGGUGUGGGCGCAAGUGGCUUGGACAGAGGCAAUUCAGAGCAACAUGCAUAUUUAAGUAGACGGAGAUAUACAGACACGAACAGAGAUUUACACGCAAAUACAGGCACGGAAUCAUACGCACCCACUCGAACGAAUAGACGAUCACGUACAAGCUCGAGGGAAACGCCGAAUAUAACAGUGAGUUCGGAGAGUAGGGACACAGUGUCCAUUUCGAGUGCGCAUGCGAUCUGUGAAACAACACCCAACACAGGCACACAUAUCGAGGAGCACAUCGAGGACGACACGGAUGAGCAUGGCGAUUAGACUUAUUCGUGUGCAUCGUAUGUAAACUACGCAGGUAUCGGUUGCCCGCAAUCGUUCGGACGAUAUACUUGCAUAGUAUAAAGACAUGUAUGCGGGCGUUCGCAUGGCCACAAACAUAGAUA